UCUCUUUCAGCUGGGCCAAAGUAGCCUAUCCUGUCGGACUAUGAUAAAUGAUAGAUAGCCUGACAAUGAACAAACACCUGCUAGAGGGAGCUAACACGGAAAACGACUUGAUUGGAGAAGAAAACACGAAUCGAUGAUUCCUUGCCUAAUGCUAGUGGAUGCGUCCAGGUAAAUAGGCUACACCAGGAAAUGUGCAGUGGCUGGCAUCACAGCAACGCAUGGAUCGCGACUUCGUCCUGAUAUCAACGGUGUUGCCGUGCUCUGGAAUAGCCUAACAAUCAUUUUUUCUGACAUACGCUACAGCUUUCACACCACGCCUCCCCGUUGCACGCACCUCGAUUAACCAUCUUCGCUGGUGCACAGAGUGCUUUUCAAAAGGGAGCGAAAAUGAGACUGGUCCUCAUCUCCUCAUGUCGCGGAGAAAGGAACAUCGGAUAUACGAUGCAAUGAUGGGUAGGUGGACACUGAUGCUGCAUCCACGAGCGCCUUCGCUUCAGGGUGUUAUUUUUGGCACACAGGUAUCACAGGAUAGUUCUGGAGGGAAAGCAAAACAAUGGAAGUUUUGAUUCAAUAGUGCACAACCGCCACGAUCUUUAUGAUUUGGGGGGAUUUAUUUGUGAUGGUAAGAAGAACACCGUUAUCCUCAUUCCCCACACUCCCUUAUGUGUAACAAUUGAAUCUGUUCAAAGCUGUCAAAUUGAUAUUUCAAACGACCUAGACAUCAACGUGGCCUACAUGAGGCGAAACAAUCACUAAACUGUCAAGGAAAACAUUGUUUUCUGGAGUAACUACACUUAAUUAUUUUUUGAAUUGACAUUUUUGUGUGUCAUCUACCUGAGAACUCGGGCAACAUAUGCUGUUAUGGGAAUGCGGCUUGUUUUGUCCCAGUUGACUUCAGUGGUUCGUUUCAGGCUGUAGCGUGUCUAACGGACAUGAACGCGCUACUGGACCGCUUUCACAACUAUAUUUUACCACAUUUACGAGGGGAGGAUCACGUCUGCCAUUGCAACUGUGGAAGGCACCAUGUACACUAUGUGAUCCCGUAUGAUGGGGACCAGUCUCUGGUGGACUCUGCAGAGAACUACUUUGUGAGUGACAGUGUGACCAAGCAGGAGCUGGACCUGAUGUUGGGGCUGCUGCUGGGCUUCCUCCUCAGCUGGCUGCUGCUGUGUCUGGAUGGGGCGCUGCACGCUGCCCUGAGACGUUGGAGGGCCAAACAGCACCAUGAUGCGUUCUCCUGGUCAUGGGUUCCCCGCUUCUGUAACCUGGGGAGAAGGGUGCACAUGAGAAAGCUAGAGGACUCAAGUGGGAACAUGGUGCACAUUAAGCAGAAGCUGUACCACAACGGACACCCCAGCCCACGCCACCUCUGAGAGCAUUGGACUGGCUGAGACCAUAGACUGAGACCUGCUGACAACUGACCAACCAGACAAAGGGCAGCUAAACAAAGACUUUUCAAGAUAUGCCCUUCAAACCUUACUGUUUCUUAUUGCCACUGGAUAGAACACUUUAACUGGCCCAAUGGCCUUCACACACAGUGCAAAACUCCUCACUGCCCAUAUUUGUCUCGACUGGAAAUUAUUUCAUUUAAAAGGAUGUAGGUAAUGGAGGGUCCAGUUAGUAGUGGGGUUAGCAAUUUGAUAAAAGCGUGUUUUUCAAAAUAGUAUAUAUAUAUAUAUAUUUGGUUUUAGAAUGUGAAUUUUGCUAGAAGUGGGGAUGGGGUGUAUAUUUUGCUUGGGGUUUGUCAGUUUGUAGAACAGUUUGUUCAUUUUGCCCGAAUAUGCCCGUUUUGAAAUAAAAAUAUUUAUUUUGCUUGAGGGUGGUCAAAGUUUGAGAGGGAUUUGUGUAUUGGUAGUACUUUGUCUAUUUUAAAAACUUGGCAUGUGAAAGCUGUACUGAGAGGGGCCUAGGGAAUGUAUUUUUCAUGGGUGGGUAUCUUUUCUUUCUUGGUUAUUGAUGUCAAUAAUUACAAAUUAUUUGGGGUGUGGAAGAGAACAUAAAUGCUGCCUGCUCAUCUAACUGUGUGGUGUGUACAGUAUAUGCAGUGUGCCAACAUUAAAGAGCCAUUAGGAAUGGCACUGUUGUGUAUGUGUGUGUUAAGGGGUUAAAGGUUUUAUUUGAUAUUUGGUCCAGAGGGUCAUCACCAUGGAAACCUGGAAAUGAAAUUACAAGAAGGAGGGUUACACUCAGGAACUCUUUAUAGUUGACGAAAUACUUCACACUGAACAGCCAGCUGUAGAGUGCCUCCAUAAUAGUAGCUUUGAAAGGGACUGCCUGUGGUGUAUUAACUCAUAUCACAGGUGCAACAUGCUCUUGUCAUGGCAUUGAAUAGUGAUACUGUAUGAGGACUGUAACCCAUUGGGAUCCUGAGUGUUCCUCCCUAAUGAAUGAGUCUCUAGGGAUCGGGAUGUAGCACCCUUUCACUUCCC